UCCUCCCUUCAGGUGGGGCCUGCGGAUUGGGCCUCCAGGAAGAAAAACAGUCCCCAGGAGGAGCCCGGGUUUGAGCACCAAUCUGUUGAGCACUCCGUUGGUUUGUGAGAAAACAGAAUCCUCUUGGUUUCAGUAGAACAAACCCUACCCCAGCCCAGUCGAGCAGAGCUCGGCCAACAGGCGGGGCGCAAGUGGCCGCCAAGGCCGGCAGGGGGCGCGCUGCAGCGGCGGGCGGGCGGCGCUUCUAGGCCGGAGCCGUUCCUGGGGUGCGCUCGGUGCCCACAAAGCGCCAGCUGAGGGGCCUCUGCGGGCCGAGCGCGGCUGAGCCUGCCCGCCACCCGAGCUCCACCGGCCGGCCGUCCCGCGCCUCUGCCGCGUCCCCGCGCUCCGAGCAGCCGGGCCCGACGCCCGCGAGAAAACCGGGUGGUGAAGGCCGGGCCGGGCGGGCGCCGCCUGCGGAGAGGCCGGGGACUGGCCUGCGUAGGGCGGCGCGGCGGCGGCGGCGGCGGCGGCGACUCCGGCCCGGGCCAGACAGCGAAGGGCCAUGGCCGAGGCGGCCCCGGCUCCGACUUCCGAAUGGGACUCCGAAUGCCUUACAUCCCUGCAGGCACUUCCUCUCCCCACACCCCCAGGAGCAAACGAAGCACAUCUGCAGACUGCAGCCAUCUCCCUGUGGACAGUGGUGGCGGCCGUGCAGGCCAUAGAGAGAAAGGUGGAGGUCCACAGCCGGCGACUCCUGCACCUGGAGGGACGGACAGGGACGGCAGAGAAGAAGCUAGCCAGUUGUGAAAAGACGGUGGCUGAUCUUGGGAACCAGCUGGAGGGCAAGUGGGCCGUGCUGGGCACCCUGCUGCAGGAGUACGGGCUGCUGCAGAGGCGGCUGGAGAACUUGGAGAACCUGCUGCGGAACAGGAACUUCUGGAUCCUGCGGCUGCCCCCCAGUAUUAAAGGAGAUAUCCCAAAGGUGCCUGUGACGUUUGAUGAUAUCUCCAUCUACUUUUCCACUCCAGAGUGGGAAAAAUUAGAAGAAUGGCAAAAGGAACUUUACAAGAAUAUCAUGAAGGGCAACUACGAGUCUCUCAUCUCCAUGGAUUAUGCCAUGAAUCAGCCUGAUGUCUUAUCUCAGAUUCAGCCGGAAGGAGACCACAAUACAGGCGACCAGACAGGGCCAGAGGAAAGUGAGAUUCCCACAGACCCCAGUGAAGAGCCCAGCAUUUCGACAUCGGAUAUUUUGUCUUGGAUUAAACAAGAGGAAGAGACCCAGGUUGGCGCCCCACAGGAGCCCAAGGAGAGUGACAUGUGCAAAGGCACCUAUCCCGACGAAGAGCUUGUCAUUAAAGCUGAAGGCCUCGCCAGAGCCUCCCUGUGCCCCGAGGUUCCAGUCCCCUUCACUUCUGCACCAGCAGCGGCGGCUAAGGAGGCUUUUCCAGAUGUGGCUUUCAAAAGCCAGCAGUCCGCACCCAUGACACCAUUUGGACGUCCGGCCACUGACCUGGCCGAAGCCUCCGAGGGACAAGUGACUUUCACUCAGCUGGGUAGCUACCCCCUCCCACCUCCGGCUGGGGAGCAGGUGUUCCCGUGCCACCGCUGCGGCAAGAGCCUCAGCCAAGACCUGCUCUUGACCCACCAGUGCGGCCCCGCGGCCGAGCACCCCGGCCCUUGCGCCCAGUGUCCCAAGCACUUUCCCCAGCAGGCCGACGGCGGGGGCGGCCCCCAGCCCCCCGCCAGCGAGGCGCCCCCCACCUGCCCUCACUGCGCCAGGACCUUCACUCACCCGUCGAGACUCACCUACCACCUUCGGGUCCACAACAGCGCCGAGCGUCCCUUCCCCUGCCCCGAUUGCCCCAAGCGCUUCGCCGACCAGGCCCGCCUCACCAGCCACCGGCGGGCCCACGCCAGCGAGAGGCCCUUCCGCUGCGCGCAGUGCGGCCGGAGCUUCAGCCUGAAGAUCAGCCUGCUGCUCCACCAGCGGGGCCACGCGCAGGAGCGGCCCUUCUCCUGCCCACAGUGCGGCAUUGACUUCAACGGCCACUCGGCCCUGAUCCGCCACCAGAUGAUCCACACGGGCGAGCGGCCCUACCCCUGCACGGACUGCAGCAAGAGCUUUAUGCGCAAGGAGCACCUGCUCAACCACCGGCGGCUGCACACGGGCGAGCGGCCCUUCAGCUGCGCGCACUGCGGCAAGAGCUUCAUCCGCAAGCACCACCUCAUGAAGCACCAGCGCAUCCACACGGGCGAGCGGCCCUACCCCUGCGCCUACUGUGGCCGCAGCUUCCGCUACAAACAGACGCUCAAGGACCACCUGCGUGCGGGCCACAGUGGGGGCUGUGGGGGUGAUAGUGACCCCUCUGGACAGCCGCCUGACCCCCCAGGCCCCCUCCUCACUGGGCUCGAAACCUCUGGCCUCGGGGUUAACACUGAAGGCCUGGAGGCCAAUCAGUGGUACGGGGAAGGGAGUGGAGGCGGGGUUUUGUAAAUCUCCCUCCUUCCCCCAGCUGGCUGCGCUGCAGCGGGGCAAGAGGCAAGCCCCCUCCACCCCGCCGCCGUCAUUGCGGCCUGGCACCUCCAUGAAUUUGGGGUCCUGUACACUUGACUAGAGACAUGCUUGAGUUUCGGAACUUCACAAGAGCACCACAUUUUGAAACCUAGGAAGACCUGGAAAAGAGCCCAACUUCCCCAUCUUUUGAAAAAUAUUACCUAAGCAGAAGUCAUAAGAAUGUUGCAGAGAGGUCGGAAAGCAAGAUGUGACCUCGAGUAAUUCAUCACGGGGUAGCAGAUUGAUUAAUGGUUGCAGCUCUAGGUAGAGUCAGGUGCAUGGGAAGGCCUCCAAGCCUUGAAGCCCACCGUGAGGCAAAGAAUGUUUACCUGAGCCUUUCAUAAAUCCCUAGUUGGUAGAUGGUUGUAGAAGAAAGUGCCCCUGCCUGGGUCCGCGCUCCGCUCUUCCCUGACACCAGCUCAGGUGCUUAGGUGCUGCCUCUCCACAUGGAAACCCAAGACUGCCCUCCUAGGUCUCCGAGAUUAAUUCUUCAGAUACAUUUUUGUUUAAUAUUGGGUGAGGAAGAAAUCUGACUUUAAAAGCUUCUUAAGGAGAACAGUUUUUUCACUAGCUUGACUUGAAGCAUUGAGGCUCUUACUGGCAUUUAAGCUGCUAGAAACCUUUGCCGAGGUCCAGGUUAAAAAUCUGGGAGCAGUGUUCUCAGCCCCAGCUUUACAAGCCAGAGGUCCCAGUAAAAUGACAGAACAGCCUUGAAUUUGUGCCUGAACCAUGUUUCUUAGAGUCCCUUAUGUCAAAUUCUUCCUUAUCAUUUCCAAGCCAGUAAGCUGGCUUUUCCAUUCCUGGUGUCCGAUAUUCUGACAGUCAUCAACAGAAAAGGUCAUGGCACUUUCCAGAAGCAUUGCAGAGUUCAGAAAGUGCCAGUGGACUCUCAGCUUUCACGUCCUCAGAAGUGAGAGGGUAGUUACAAAGCAGCUUUCUUGAGCCAGCAGAGGGUGUCUGUUCACCUACCUCACUGGUGAAGAACAGACUGAAGGACUUGGCAGGCCCCUGAGAGCUGAGCACCACAUGCCAGGAUGGCCUCUUCCUGCUGGGCUUGCUUCUGGGGACCUUGGCUAUCAUGUGUUCUUCUGUCAGGGUCAGUCAGUCACCGGGAAGCAUCUGAGCCUGGUCUUACUCCUGAGCGGUUUCACAGUUGGGCCAUUUUCUCUUUACAGAUCUCAGAUUUUCAUCUGCAAAAUGAGUCUGGUGAAGGGAAAAAAGUGAACCUUUAGGAUUAAAAAAAGAAAAAAUAUUGCGAUACAUUCCUUCUGCUGCCAGAAUCCUCUCUCCCUCUCUGGCUUUGAUCCAGGCAAAGCCAAAUAAGACAGCAAAAUCAAAGCAGAGACAUUCUUGCUGAAACUUGACUGAAAUCAAUUUGAUUUUUUCUUUUACUCUUGCUUGGAGACUGGGGCAGAAGACAGAGAAUGCAGAAGCCCUAGGUCUUGGGCUGAAAAAUUGUUUAUUCCUGCACUCUCUUGUUUCCCCUGAAUCUUCCUAAGAUGUCUAUAACAAGGUCUGUGAGUAUUUAGACAAGACACUUUCUUGAUGAAGUGAUAAGGGUAGGACCCAUUUUUUCCCCUUAUCACCCACCCAAACUUCACCCUGCCUAGUUAUGUGUGGCCACACUAGAAUAAAGUGUUACCCCAGCUAGCUCUGCUCCUGGGAAAACUCUGUCUGAACAUGCUGCUCUUUAGGGUAAUCACAUUUAUAAAACAUCUGCUCUGACAUUCACAAUAGCAGGGAGCAUGAGAGGCCUAAGAAACAUGUGUAAGACCUCGUUCACGGUCAUAACUUAGAGUCUGAAGGCAAGGGUAUAGAACCAACCAAGAGAUGACAAAUAGAACCCUGAUGCAUUGGGAGUAAGAAUUUUCUAGCUGGAGUCUGGACCCACACUAUGGGAAAUUGGGGGGUUCUGGGGAUCCCCAGGCCAGGGUUCCAGCUUCACUGAUGAUCCACUAGGAACCUGAGUGUGAGAUCCAGCUCUGGUUCGCAUCUUGAUCUCCCUAAUGAAAAAGGAGAAGAGUCAAAGUACUGUCUUUAGGUGGUGCGCUCCCUUUUUGGAACAGAUGAACUUGAGCAUUUGCCAGGGUAUGCCUGAGAAGGCACUCCUACCCGAGAUGUGAUGUUAGCCUAGAUGACAUGGAAAAUUCUUUACUCAGGUAGGUAGUUUACUGAGGACACAGAGAUUAUUGAUGAAAGAGACUUGUGAAUUAAAAAACUACAGACAGGUCCCUUUCACAAGGAACAGUAGCCAACAGGGACCGACACUUUGGCAAAAGUGAACAGAGUUCAAAUAUCAACAAUCCAAGAGCCAUGAAGCCAAAUGAAAGGGACAGGCAGGGCCAUGCCAGAAAGAUGGAAGUCAAUGUUAUCCUCAUCCUCAGCCCUGGGACACACUAGGGAGUUCAGCCUCUGUGUAUCCUGGUCUCCUUUCCCUCUACCAGACCUCUACCAGGUAGAACUCCAGGCCAGCUCUAAAUUAGAGUUUGUUUGUUUAAGAUUCAAAAGUGGAUAAGUAAAAUAGAUCAGCAGAAAAGAUAAAUCCAACAGAAUAUUUCCAGUGUGUGUAGAAACUUGGUCCAUGAAGGGCUCCUGGGACAAAUCACACACUUAAAUUAUCUGAGGAUGGGGCGUUAUAACUGGACACAACAGGAAAGAGGAGAACCUAGAGAUGUGCUCUUCACCAGCCUGCCCUCCCGGCUAACAGGUCCAUACUGCCCCGUAAAUAGGCACCUUCUCCCCGGAGUGGAUCCAGCUGUUGACUGUAACCAGCUUCAUUCUCUGCUUACUAGAGUUGUCAUUGUCACCAUCAGAUGAGCCUCUGGUUCAGCCACAGAUGUGAAUGUAAAUGGAGUUGAUUGUCUGGAAAGUGAAAGAAGAUGCCUCUGAUCUUUUCUGCUGGAUAUUUAUUAUUGGAACACCGUAGCUGGGCUCGAGCUGCUUUACAUAACUUCCUAGCAGCGCUUUACAUGACUUCCCUCAUCAUUAAUAAGAGUCUGCAGAGUUCCUGUGGGGGGACUCUGCUGGGCUGCUUUUGGAGCAUUUAAAAUAUUUGGGUGUCCAUGCCUGUCUCAAUCAGGACCAGACCCAGGCUUACUAGGAAAUAACAAAUGCUCACUGUCUCAGUCUGCGAGAGUCUUGUCGAUAAAAAAGGACCUGAGUUCCUUUAUCUGUUAUUCCAAAUGGGAUGGGGAACCCAAAUAUCUGCUCAGAUUUUCUCUUGAGGAGGGGCAGGCUACUGUCCCACCCACAUAUCCCAUAUUGUAGCUUCUUGGACAAUAAAAAGCAUCCUUGUCACCCGCCUGAGGGCUGCUCAGAAGUGAUGAGGAAAAGCAAGUUUCCCCAAAAGGUUCUCACAGACCAGGAACCCAGUUAUCAUCAGAACUACGUUUUCCCUGUGUGCUCAGUAGAUACCUUUGACCCUGUUCUUGUCACCCUGCAAAGGAAGCAGUCCUCUCGCAGAGUUUUACACAGAGGACAUCCUUUGACUUGGAAGUAUCGGGCUCUUCCAAGCAGAAGAUCCUCAAGUUAGGUGGGGGACGGGGGCAGGGAGUGCUUGGGCCGCAGAAGGAGAUGUCACGUGGGUCAGUAGAGCUUAGUGGUUUAGAGCAUGGACUCUGAGUCAGACCUAGAUUCAAGUCCUGACAUAAGUAACCUAAAUUAUUUAACCAUCAUGAGCCUAGUUUCCUUAUCUCUAAAAUAAUGAUACUGUGUCUUGGACGUGUUGAGGUUAAAGGGGAUCCUGUGAGUGCUGGGCACAGAGCCUGGCACACAGAGGUGUCAGAGUGGCACCCGUCGGGAAAAGUGUAGGACCAGCCAGAGAGGGGUGUGGCGCAGGCGGAAUCUGAAACAGAAUGUGGAGAACAGGCUGUUCUGCGGAAGCACGUGGUUAUUGCUUGAAGGCUUAGCUUUGGCCCACCAUCUUUUUCUUCCGUUUAGCCUAUUCUUUUACUCUGUCUUUCCUGUAUCUCCAGGCUGCCAGAAGUUUCUGUGCGCCGUGACACCAUGUGGCUCUGACUCUCUUGGCUUGUCUGGCUUGUCUUAGUUCAGACGUUGAGGUGUGGGAUCUGGCCCAGCUCCUCUUUCUAUACUAGGCUACAGAAGUUUCCAGCCAACCCGGGACUGGCUGCCGUUGGGGUCCAUGAUCAUCUUGCUUCAGUCAGCAGUAGUUGGGAGGAAUGGUCCGAGGGUCCCUGCACCGGAUCCACAGGUCCGGUAGAUUCACUUGGGGAUGGGCACACGGUGGCACAGUGUCGUGCUUCUAGUACCGCCAGCAGAGGAAGGAAUCUGUUUCACCUGUAUCGGGGUUCCUUGAAAGACUUCAUAAGUACUAGCGUAACCAGAGCAGUGGUCCCUUACAUAAAGGACCUGGGAGGUGCUGUUUUGGUAUCUUGUUACUUUCUAGGGUGUCAUUCCUCCUUUCUGGCCCUGCUCCUUUCUUUUAAAAUAUGUAACUCUGGCCAUAAUUCUAUAUCCACACACACAUACACAAUGACUUUUGUCAACUUAGUCAAAUUGCCUCUUCAAAACAAAAAAUGAUUAAAACCAACUGCUCAUUAAAGAACGCAGAUAGAUACAGGCAAAUCAGAGAGGCCUCAGAAGCACUGUGCUGCGAUGCUCUUAAAAGUGCCAGGUUACAUUUCAAAUAAAAUAUUUGAUAAAACCUCA